AUGGCACCCACCCAGCAGACGCAGCCGACUCCCCCUUCCUCCACGUCGUCGAACAACGGUGCAUCGCCAGACGGCCAGAACUUCCGCGUAGUCCGCAAGAGAAACAGGAUCCCCUUAUCAUGCGCUCCAUGCAGACAUCGCAAGCUGAAAUGCAACCGUGCCAACCCAUGCGAUAACUGUUCCAAACGGGGCGACACGGCUUCUUGCAGCUAUGCGACCGCUGGGAACAAGAAGAAAGGAGCCGCCAAUGGCUCGAACACGUCUCCGGACAAUAUGCAGAAUCGAAUCGAUAGAUUGGAGGGGUUGGUCCUGUCGUUGAUGACCAGUGGUUCCCAGCCCUCGACGGCUGCUACUGCGCAAGCUGCGAUCAACGGUAGCAGGAGUGAUAGUCUCAGCACCGGCUCUGAUCUGAAAAUAGAUGCAGGCGGCGUGGAUAUGAUUAGGGAGGAGGGCGAAAACGGAGAAGAGAGUGAAGUAGAGGGCAUGUCUCGGGGGAUUGGGAUCAUGAAGAUAGACAACGGAAAGGCGGUGUAUGCUUCGGAUGCGCAUUGGUAUGCCAUAUUAGGCGAGAUCAGUGAGGUCAAGAAAUACUUUGAUACCCACAAGCAGGACUACAGGGACCAUUUUGCGAAGGUGCAGGCCGCGAAAGCAGAUGAGACUCCCGGCACAGCCUUUCUCCUCCAAGGACCGCCUGCGAAAGAUAAAGCAGAGCUCAUGGAGGCUUUCCCAUCAAAGGCGGAUGCAGACCGCAUGAUUGCGAGAUAUUUCAACGCCUAUGAUCCAUCCGUUCACAUCGUGCAUGGACCAUCUUUUCAAAAGCAAUACGACAAGCACUGGCUGAACCCGUCGGAGACCACAGUGGGCUGGCUUGGCAUGUGCUUUGCGAUGAUGACUUUGGCUUUGCAGUCGUACCAUAGAGCGGGCGAUGAGCCUGUCGAGUACCGUGGGCGGUCGCUGAAACUCUCGCAUCAGUAUAGGAGACUCACUGCCCAGUGCCUGCUCAUGGGCGAUAUCACACAAGCCAAUCCGCAGACACUAGAGACGCUGGUGCUGCAUGUUCAGGCUGAAUACGGGCGUAGCAGAGAUGCCGAACCUGGCGUGUUGCUCAUGACCAGCUUGUGCGUGAGGCUCGCAAUGCGAAUGGGAUACCACAGGGAUCCCGGCCCUCAUCCUGCCAUCACACCAUUCCAAGGCGAAAUCCGGCGGCGAGUAUGGACGUUUGUUCGGCAGUGCGACCUUUUGAUAUCUUUCCAAUUUGGCUUGCCAGCUAUGAUCAGAACGGACCAUAUUGACACGGAAACGCCGCGAAACUUGUAUGACGAUGAACUCUACGAAGACAUGAAGAGCCUGCCACCGUCGAGAUCGCCUGUCGAAGCGACGCCCAUGUCGUACAUGAUCACCAAGGCGAAGAUGACGUUUUUGUUCGGGCGCAUCGUAGAACGAGCGCAGUCGGUCACGAAUCCCCCUUCAUACGAGGAGACGUUGAAAUUUGAUGCCGAGCUUCGGGAAGCAAGAACCCAACAUCCACCGCUGCUGCAGAUGCGCUCCUUCCGGGAAUCUGCACGCGAUCCAGCCAAUCUAAUCAUGCAGCGACUUGGAUUGGAGAUGGUCUAUCUUCGCUCGCUGUUCGUUCUGCAUCGACGUUUCAUUGCGCGAGGACGCGAGAACCCAAGAUAUGCGUACUCGCGGCGGACGUGCCUGGACGCUUCGAUGGAGCUGCUUGACCAUCAGGCUACCCUGCACCAAGAAUCGCAUCCCGGCGGCCGCUUGAGAUCCGUCAAGUGGUACAUCUCGUCGCUGACGACUCACGACUUCCUGCUGGCCGCGAUGCUGGUAUGUCUGGAUCUCUACCAUACCGCCGAAGCCGAGCGAACGGGCCGCAAGUCGAGCAGUCCGGGCUCGCCGUUGAUGCCGGAUCUGUAUGACGAGGGUCGCCGAGAGCGGAUGAUGCAGGCCGUCGAGCACUGCAUCAUCAUCUGGGAAUCGGUGCGCGACCAGAGCAUGGAGGCGUAUAAGGCAUCCAACGCCCUGAAGGUGAUGGUCGACAAACUGAAGACGCACCAAGACCGACAGCGGACCAUGCCUGGCUACGCACCCAUGCCACAAUCGACGCCGGCGCAGAACUUCACGCGACAGAAUGCCGGCUUUGGCACGUUCCCCAAUGGCAACGUGAAUGUUGCAGAUGCCGAUGACCUGCCCCCUGAACAGUCGGCGGCGAUGACACUCGGCAUGCUCUCUUCUGGCGGCCUGUCUCCCGGACCUGGAUUCGGCAUGAGCGUGUCGCAGAUGGGCAGUCAGGCGGAGAAGCAGUCACAUUCCUAUCCGGCGGGGAUGGCGGCUCUGCUGAACGAGCCCAUGACGGACAGAACGGGACUGACACCGCAAUAUUCUGGACCCGAAGCUGGUGCGGUGAGCGGCAGUGGCAUUGGCAUUGGCAUCAACGGAGCGGCGAGCCCGCUCAGCCAGAUGCUCAGCCAGGGCAAUAACUUCAUGGGCACGGACGGGAUGGGCGGAGACAUAGAUUGGGUGAGUUGUGUGCUAUGAAACGGGCCAAUGGAUUGUCGGCUAACCUUCUGCAGGGCGCGUGGGAUUCCUAUAUUCAGGGGACGGCGAGCACGGGGAUCGACGCCGGCCUGUUCCCCAUGAAUGUGGACUUCGCCAUGGAUACAAGCCAGCAAACGCAAGGAGGAAUGAACGAUAAUAACAACAAUGGGUUUAUGGAGUCGCAAGGAACGGGCCACAUGAUAUGA